AUGAUGUUCAACACAAGAGUUGUCAAGGUCAGAGCUAAACAUAUUGGUGACGGGUUGUGGGGUACGAAAUGGACUGUGGAAGUUCAGCCAUCAGAUGAAUUAUCAGCAACUACGGAGAAAAGGGAAUUUGAUGCAGUUAUAGUUUGUAACGGGCACUAUGUAGAACCAAACAUCCCUGAAUAUGAAGGCUUUAAUGAAUUUAAAGGAUUGAAGAUCCAUGGUAGAGAUUAUCGUCAUGCAGAUCCAUUCAAAGAUAAAACUAUAUUGGCAGUGGGUGGAUCAUUAUCAGGAUGGGAUAUAACCCUAGACGUUGCGCCUGUAGCUAAACACAUCUACCUCAGUUAUUGGAAGGAACACAGAGUAACCAAGUUCCCACAGAACGUUGAAUUGGUAACCGGCGUGAAUAAAUUUACAGAGAAUGGAGUUGUCCUAACAGAUGGAAGAGAACUGACAGUCGAUGCUGUCAUUAUGAAUACUGGAUAUAAACACAACUUUCCUUUUCUGGAUCCUGAUUGUGGUAUUGAGAUCACCAAAGAUAAUACUGUUAGACCUCUUUAUAAACAUGCCAUAGCCAUCAGGAACCCGACCUUGUCGUUUAUGUGUAUAUUUGAUUGGGUUCUGCCGUUUAUCUGCAUGUCAUUACAAGCUAAAUUUAUAAAGAUGAUCUUGGAAGAAACACUGAAACUGCCCCCCGAAGAGGAAAUGAUCAAAGCCGAAGAAGCUGAAUUACAGAAGGUCUUAGAUCGUGGCUGGCCCCAGCGAUAUCUUCAUAGAUUAGACGAAUUUCAAUUUGAAUACUUUGAUGAUCUUACAAAUUAUAUGCAACUGGAACGUCUACCUCCAUGGGUAUUCAAGCUGGCAUUAUUUCAUUUGACUUAUUUAUUUAAAGAUUUGGAAGCUGCUAAAAUGGUCAAUUAUAAAGUAAUAGAACCAGAUAACUUUAAAACCACUAUUCAAUAACAGAUUUAGAAGCAUCUAAAAUGGUAAACU